AUGACGGAAACCUCCGUCGAGGGCGCUCGCCCUUCAGGCCUGCCUAACAAGAUCCCCUUCUGGCGCUUGGUCACCGAGCCCGGUGUUGUCACCCAGGAAGUCGUCGAUCAUGAGUAUGCGGGCUCCGGCACUGAAGAUGAUCCCUACGUCGUACAGUGGAUGCCUCGCGACUUUCGCAAUCCACUUCAGCUUUCUUCCAAGAUGAAGUGGUCUAUCACCCUCGUCGCUGCCCUUGAAACUCUCGUUGUCGCCUUGGUUUCCUCGGCCUACACUGGUGGUAUUGUACAGAUUGAAGAACAGUUCUUGGUGACUACCGAGAUUGCAACUCUUGGUGUUUCCCUCUAUGUUUUGGGCUUUGCCCUCGGUCCACUCAUUUGGGCCCCGAUGAGCGAGAUGUUCGGUCGCCAGGUUGUCUUCAUUGGCACCUACUGCGGAUUGACGAUCUUCUGUGCCGCCUGCACAGGAGCCAAAAAUAUCGAGUCCCUUAUCGUUUUUCGCUUCCUGGCUGGUUGCUUCGGUUCCUCUCCCUUCACAAACUCCGGCGGUGUCAUCGCCGAUAUGUUCGCCGCCCGCGAGCGUGGUCUCGCCUUGUCGGCCUUUGCUCUAGCACCUUUCCUAGGCCCUGUCAUCGGUCCUAUUGCCGGUGGUUUCCUUGGCGAGAAUGAGGGAUGGAAGUGGGUGAUGGGCCUGUUGACCAUCCUCUGUGGUGCUAUGUGGUUCUGCGGUGCCGCAUUCAAGCCAGAGACAUAUGCCCCCGUGUUGCUGCGCCAGCGAGCAGUCACACUGUCUAAAAUGACUGGAAAACUGUAUAUCAGCAAAUUGGACAUUGAUCAAGGUCGACCGGGCAUAAAGGAAGCCCUGAAGACUUCGCUUUCUCGUCCUUUUAUUCUCCUCUUCCGUGAGCCGAUCGUUCUGUUGCUCUCGAUUUACCUCGCCAUUAUUUAUGGAACUCUCUAUAUGCUCUUCGGUGCCUUCCCCAUCGUCUAUGAGAUUCACCGUGGUUGGAGCCAGGGUGUCUCAGCUCUAGCAUUCCUUGGUGUGAUGGUGGGUAUGCUUGGUGCUAUCGCCUACUCGAUUCCCGAAAAUACUCGCUACGGAAAGCUCCUCGAGAAAAAUGGCGGCUAUUCUCCUCCGGAAAGUCGUCUUCCCCCAUGCAUGAUUGCCUCUGUGGCCCUUCCCAUCGGUCUCUUCUGGUUUGCCUGGACGAACGAUCCCUCGAUUCACUGGAUGGCGAGUAUCGCGGCGGGUGUUCCAUUCGGCUUUGGGAUGGUUCUAGUCUUCCUCAGCGUUUUCAACUACCUAAUCGACGCCUAUACAAUCUUCGCCGCAAGUGUCUUGGCUGCAAACUCCUUGUUGCGAUCUUUGUUUGGUUUUGCAUUCCCCUUGUUUACCACCUAUAUGUAUCAGGAUCUGGGGAUUCACUGGGCCUCAACAGUGCCUGCUUUCCUUGCCCUGGCAUGUGUUCCAUUCCCCUUCAUCCUUUACAAGAAGGGCCUUUCUAUCCGCAAGUACUGCAAGUACUCCGCUCAGUCCGAGGCCUUUGUUCAGAGUCUUCUGCAGGGCUAUGAGACAGCCGCUCCAGAGAUGACUGAGACCGACGAGUCCAAAUUGCCUGAGCACACAGCAGCCGACGUGACCGAUGUGAGCUCCUCGGGAUCUUCCACCACCGAGGCCGAAGAGCCUGUCGUUGCGCACAAGGUCCACACUGUGGACGCGCAGUCCAUGCAUCGCACGCUGUCUCGUGUCGCAACGCACCGCUCCGAGGUCCGCGCACUCUACGAGGGAAACCCGCUCGAUAUUGACCGUGUGCACACCCGCGAGUCCUUCAAAUAG